GACAAUGACUUGGGGAGACACUCUUCGUCACACAAUGAGAAUACGAGAGAGCCUGAUGGCAGUUCUGCUGCUGGCCACCGCCACACUGGCCGCCGAUUGGGGCAACGAGUGGGCGCCCAUGGAGGAUGCCACGCCGAGCAGACGCUCCGUGGACACAAAGCCUGCCGCUGAGGAAUCGGAGGUGCAGGGACGAUACCUCGUGCACGAGUCCACGUCCAUCCAGAGCAACAGCACCUCGGAGAUUGACACGAUCAUCGAGCAGCUGCUCAACUCCCGACGGGAGGGACGCAAUCUCGGGGAGUACGAUGCCGUCUAUGCCGAUGGCAACAUCGACCAGGCCCUGCAGCAGGGAAACGACAUGCAGGCGCGUAACCUCAUCCGUGACAAGCUCUGCGGACUGGGAUUGAUGAGCUGCGAGGUGGAGGAGAAGCGUCCCUUCUACUCGACCAUCUACGCCCAGGGUCCCCCUCCACCGUCUGGCUACAGCGGCGGUCCCUACGGUCCUGCCAAGCCAAUGCCUCCUCCGGGAUACUUCGGUGGCCGCCCCCCAAUGGGUCCUCCUCCUAGCUCCCUCAACUCCUUCGGACCCCCGCGCAAAGUUGGCUACGAGGGACCCUACAAACCCAUGUCCGGACCUUACCGGCCAAGCGGACCAGGCGGCCAGUUCGGAGGGCAAUAUCUGGAGCAUCCUCCCCCAUCGGCCAUCGAUGGUUCGUUGGACGGAAUCACCUACACGAAGCCCCCACCCGGAGCCCUGAUCUACGAUAGCAAGCCGCCAGGACCCAUCUAUCCAGGUGGACCCAAUGGUCCCGGUCCCGUCUACAAUGGCCCCUCCUCGAACUCGAACGGUGUGCCCCCAUACAACUUUGAGAAUCCCGAGGGCGGCAUCCAGGGCUCACCCUCCUCCCUGAACGGCUUCUACUCCUCGCAGCAGUCCUCCUCCUCUUCGGCGGCCACUUCUUCCAGCACCAAGGUCGUGGUUGGGGCACCCAUUGAUGCGGGUCUCCAGCAGCACGUGCACCAUCACUACCACCACGUCGAGGGCACCGAGGGGGUCAAAGUUCCCAGUGUCCCGAUCCCAAUUGGCUCUGGCCAGACAAUCAACACGGACUUCAGUGCCUUGGCCCAGUCCUCGGCCACGUACACUCCCCAGGCCUCCUCCUCCGGCUCCUACUCCCAGUCGAAUGCCUUCAAUGCGGGCUUCAAUGGCGCCUCUCAGGGCGGACUCCUCUCCCAGGGCGCUCAGGGUGGCUUCAGCGGUCUCUCCCAGAAGCCAGGUCUCUCCGGUGACAUCUACAAACCGAAUUCUGGAUUGGGAAGCUUUGGCAGCAGCUCGGGAGGCUUCGGCCAGAGUGGCUUUGGAUCGUCGCCCAGCUCCAGCUAUCACAGCCAGAACCCCGACUACUACAAGAAGGAGCUUCAGACAGGAGCCUCGAACAAUUACAAUGGCAUCUCUGGAGGUUACCAGGGACAAGGACAGGGACAGGGACAGUACCAGGGACAGGGACAGGGUGGCUAUGACACCUCUCGCCAGCAGAUCGUUGACUGCCAGUGCGUCCCGUUCAACCAGUGCCCCGCUGCCGAUCGCAUUGGCCGCAAGGAGGAUCUGAUUCUUCCCAUCGAUCCCCGCAAUCUGGGCAAGGACAUCGAGGCCCUCAGCGAGGAUGCGCCCGCUGGCAAUGCCACCACCACAGCAGAGGCCAAGAAGGAUGAGAAGCAGGACAAGGAUGAGAAGAAACGCACUCGCCGUCAAGCCAUCGAGGACCAGAAGGACCAGGACGACAACAGCGAUCUGUCGCUCGAUGCUCAAGGGCGCCAGGGGCCGCUCGGACAAUCUCCCUUGGCCCUGCCCGCCCUGCAGGCCAUCGAGCUGAUCCAACGAAAGGUUCUGCCCACCUACGGAGUGUCCUUCGGGCUUCCCUAUCCCAGUGGAGCAUAUGGCGGCUAUCCGGUGAAUGUCCUGGGCGAUCAGUAUCCCGCACAGAACCCCAACUUCGGUUCCUUGGGCCCAAAUGGCCUCAAUCUGGGUCUGGUGAAUGUCAAUCCACUCGUCUCUGUGCAGGUGGCCAAAACGGACUACGGGGAGAAGGUGGUGAAGCCCCUGGUCAAUCUCCAUGUCACUCCCAAUGCGAAUCUCAUCCAGAAAGUGGGCGACUUCUUCAAGAGAAAGCCCAACGAAGUGCACAGCACACACUACCAUCAUCACGAUCACUUCAGCGGCUACGAGCACCACGAUUACGAUCACCAUGAUUACGAUCACCACGAUCAUCACGAUUACGAUCAUCAUCACUUUGGUGGAUACAGUGGAUCGGGAGGGCCCCACUUCAGUGUCGAAAUGGUGCCGAGUACUCCGAUCUUCGAGUACCACAGCGGCCCCUCAGCGCCCAGCUACCAGCAGCAUCAUCAUCACGAGUCUCCUCCGUCUCCGUCGCCCUACGAGAGCUCCUACAAUUCAGUGUAUCCCGGCUCGAGCCCCGACUUUGGCUCGAGUGGCUUUGGAGGCUACGGGGAGUACUCGCAGCACGUGGAGCGUAGUGUGAACGUGAGCGCGGCACCCACGUGGAAUCCAACAGCCACCCGUCGUGGCAAGCAACUGAACCUGGGCCCCUUGUACAAUAUACCCACGCCUGCCCCAGGAGCGGCAGCGGGCAGUGACUAUGUCUCCUUUCCCAGAGAUCGCAGGAGGAGGAGCGUUGAGCAGUCGCGGAAGCGUCGUAGUGUGUGGGAGAGUGAAGCAGCUCGGGAGGAGGAGCGCGCUUACUAUGGCAAUCGUCCCGUGGAGAAGACCUGCCGCGCGAAUGAGGUCUGCUGCCGUCGUCCAGUGCGUCCCCAGGCCCCGCCCCAGCAGCAGUUGGGUCGCUGUGGUGUUAGAAAUGCCGCUGGCAUCACCGGCCGCAUCAAGAACCCCGUCUACGUCGAUGGCGACAGCGAGUUCGGCGAGUACCCAUGGCAUGUGGCCAUUCUGAAGAAGGAUCCCAAGGAAUCGAUCUACGCCUGCGGCGGCACCCUCAUCGAUGCCCAGCACAUCAUCUCCGCUGCCCAUUGCAUUAAAUCUCAAAAUGGCUUUGAUCUUCGUGUCCGCCUGGGCGAAUGGGAUGUCAACCAUGACGUGGAGUUCUUCCCCUACAUUGAGCGCGAUGUCGUGUCCGUGCACAUUCAUCCCGAGUACUAUGCCGGUACCCUGGACAACGAUCUGGCCAUCCUGAAGCUUGACCAGCCCGUGGACUUCACCAAGAAUCCGCACAUCAGCCCCGCCUGCCUGCCCGACAAGUACUCUGACUUCACCGGCGCCCGCUGCUGGACCACUGGCUGGGGCAAGGACGCCUUCGGGGAGCACGGAAAGUACCAGAACAUCCUCAAGGAGGUCGAUGUGCCGAUCCUCUCGCACCACCAGUGCGAGGCCCAGCUGAGGAACACCCGUCUCGGCUACAGCUACAAACUGAAUCCCGGAUUCGUGUGCGCCGGCGGCGAGGAGGGCAAGGAUGCCUGCAAGGGCGAUGGCGGCGGUCCUUUGGUCUGCGAGCGCAACGGAGUAUGGAAUGUGGUCGGUGUGGUCUCCUGGGGCAUUGGCUGCGGCCAGGUGAACGUUCCCGGUGUCUACGUGAAGGUCUCUUCGUACCUCCCCUGGAUCCAGCAGAUCACCCAGAGCUAUCAAUGAUUAGAGGCUGCUCCCGAGGAGGCUCCAUCGAUAACGGCCUACCAUGCGUCCGCAGAUGCCACUAGCAUCGAUGCUGCUGAAGACCAUGCUGACGAUGAUGCCUCCGAUGAGUUCGUUUUCCAUUUUUGAUCAGCCAUCCGUCCAUCAGCCACUUAUGCAACACUUCGCUCCAUCCAAAACUACCAUCUUUUGUGGCAUUCGUCAUCGUAUUUAUUUUGGGAUGCGACACUCUUAUUUAUUACGAGCUCGUUGUUUCUUUUGUUAUUUUUUUUAUACGAGUGUAGGCAUCACCUAUCGGACCAAUAGUCCGCCUACAGUCCCCGUAAUUGUUACUCUUUUGAAGACCCACUCUCCUCUUCGGAGGAGAGGUGAGGUCUUUCUCUUGUUGAUAUUUAAUGUGCUUUGUAUCUCUGGAUCGCUGUACAUUCCAGUUCCGAUUUUGUCUUGUAAAAUAGCUAUUGU